AUGUAUUAUUACAAUUAAAGAAUACCGGUUCCAUUAUAGAGAAUAGAAUUCAAACAUAUACUGUCAGGAUUGAAGAAGUAAUCAUAAAGUUAAGAUGAGUUAAAUCAACAGCCUUUAGCAACUAGAAAGUAUUGAUCAAUAAGCAUAUAAGAAAAAACAUAAAAAAACCAGAAGUAAAAUUCAUAUAGGACUUAUAAAGAAAUGAGAAAAUGGAUCAGUAAGCAUUAUAAACAUCUGAUACAAUGUGGGAUGAUCGAAUUUUAUAGAAAUUAGAGAAAUUGAAGAAGCAACCUAAAGAAUUUUUCGAAAAAGUUCCAAAAGAUCCAAUAACAUUAAUGAAUUCAUCUAAAAUAAACAAAUUCUUUGAGAUAAGAAUAUUAGCAUAAACAAAGGAAGAUGCUUAAAAAGUUUCAAGAGAAUCGUAAAGAUAAUUGAAUUAAAUACAGGAGGUGGCAGUUAAAGAGUUAUUGAAUAAGUAUCCACAUUAGUUCAAUUUUACAACAUCAGCAGAUGCAAGAAAGAAAAAGGAGGUAUAAGACACAAAGGAUAAAUAUAUGAAAUUAUUUUUUGUAAGAAAUUGUUCGACAAGUAUGAGUAAAUGUAAAGGAAAUAAUAAGUAUUUACAUAAUAGUGAUGAUUCAUAAAAAUAUAUGGAGAAUGUCGAAUAAAUAUAAGAUAAAAAGAAGAACAAAAGCAAUUUAUCAUUUUGCACAUGGAGUAAGUUACAAGAAUUAGAAUGUCCAGGUUACUGUACUUUCAUAAAAUAAUUGGCAGUUAAAAAUAAGUUAUAACACAGUUGUUCUCAAUAAAAGAUAGACUCUUAUAACUUAAUAAAUGAAUAAUGAU